AUGGCGCUAGGAUUAAAGAGGCGGCAAGGCCAAUUGCCGGAAAAGCCGUUGAGCUGCCACCUGGCACUCUACCAAUCCUUAUCAACCGCCUUCAAACUCAUGAAACUCGCGAAUUUUACCCGUAAAACGGUGGAGGCUCUCGGUGGAAGCCAAAAUGCCCAGACUCCCCGACUGGAUGACCUGAAUGACCAAGUCACUCAGAAACAUGGUUCACCGAUAUCGACUUCCUUAGAACCCUCACCCUAUGAUCGACGACGGACAUCCCAAUUCAGUGAGAUUUCUAAUGCACAUAAUCAACUAUUUCCGUCGAUAUCUCCAGAACAUCAACGGCGCCGCUCGCAAGAUCGCCGAGAUGACCCAAUGGGCCUCACCGUCCUCCACGCCCCAGAGUCGAAAAAACGGACCGUGGAUAUCCUCUUCAUACACGGACUUGGAGGCACUAGUCUACGAACAUGGUGCAAGAAUCGGGACUUGGAGUUUCUCUGGCCCAAGAAGUGGCUGGCGGAAGAACCAGACAUGUCUACAGCGCGCAUCUUGACGUUUGGCUACAAUGCAAACUUUGCCGCGAAAAAGGAGCAGGCAUCCUUGUCGAUUGGCGAUUUCGCAAAUGAUCUACUGUUUCACAUGAAAUAUGACGAUGAUGGCGACGACAAGAUGGGCGAAGUACCCAUCAUUAUUGUCGCACACUCGAUGGGAGGGCUCGUGUUCAAAAAAGCUUUCAUCCAUGGGCAUCUAAACGAGCAGUAUCGCGAGAUUACAUCUUCCAUCAAAGCUGUCCUCUUCAUGGCUACUCCGCACAGGGGAACCGAUCUCGCAGAGUCCCUAAACCGGAUUCUCACGAGCUCCAUUUUCGGCCAUUCCUCGAAAGAUUACGUUAGAGAGCUUACGAAGGGCAGUACUACCAUCGACGAGCUGAAUGAUACAUUUCGCCAUCAUGCGGCAAAAUUGCAGAUAUUUUCGUUCUACGAGACUCUCACUACAGCUAUUGGUCCGAUGAAUAUGAUGAUUUUAGAAAAAUAUUCAUCCUUGCUGGGCUACCAUAACGAGACUCCAGAGCCUCUCAUGGCAAACCAUCAUGACGUGGUGAAAUUUUCCAGUCGGAACGACCCGAACUACAAGUCAGUGCGAGGCGCUCUGCGUAGCAUCGUUAAUGCAUUCCGAUCCUCCAAAUUACACGAGAAUGAUACGGAGAAAGAUUUCAACAUCAUUAAAAAGUGGCUGGGAGUGACGGGGCCGGAAGAAGACUUGGCUUCGCUUCGAUCAGUGCGGAAGGCAGGAACAUGUGAACAUCUACUGCAAAAGCCCAAAUUCAAAGAUUGGCUUGAUUCGGAUAUUCCUCAUAUCCUCUGGGUACACGCUCCCCCGGGGAGUGGAAAAUCAAUUCAAUGCUCCUUUCUGAUCGAAUCCCUCCAACUGCGCCAAGAAAGCUGUGCGUACUGGUUCUUCAAGGAUGGCGAUGUCCAGAAGCGUUCCCUAAGCAAUAUGCUUCGCUCAGUGGCUUACCAGAUUGCGGUCAAAGAUGAGUCGUUUCGGCGAGCUCUCAUGGAAGUCGUCAAGUCCGGCAUGCAUGUCAACAAAGCGGAUGCGUGGACGAUUUGGCGAAAUAUAUUUGCUUCUAGACUUUCAGCCAUCAGCUCUAAGCUGUAUUGGGUCAUCGAUGGGUUGGAUGAGUCGGAAUCGAGCAGAACAUUUAUUGAUCUAAUCUCAAAUAUUAGCAUGUCCCAGAGCAAUAUCCGAGUCCUGUUCUUCAGUCGUCCACUGUCAAACAUCAAUCAAGCCAUCCAGAGAGCAAGGAGACACGUUACUAUCACAGACGUGGCUUUGACAGACAACUUGGAAGAUAUCCGUCUCGUGGCUGCAGAUGAGCUGGAAUAUUUUCUCUCCGGCGAUGAGUUUGAGCAUUUUAAACACGAAACCAUUGAGGAAAUUACGUCCCGCUCACAAGGCAACUUCUUAUGGGCUAGUCUCAUCCUCAAAAUGGUCGUCACCUGUCAUCGUCAAGAAGAAGUGAAACAAGUCCUACGUGCCACGCCGGAUGGCAUGGACAAGCUCUAUUAUAGAAUGGCCGAGGCUAUUGCAAAAGUAGACCGUGAGGAAAAUACAACUCUUUGUAAGAUGCUGCUUUCUUGGGCUAUGUACUCGACCAGACCUAUUGGAAUUGAAGAACUCAUGGAGCCAUAUGCCACGGAGCUUGACACCGUCAUAGAUCUCAAACACACAACCAGCGAAAUAUGUGGUCAGUUUGUGGUGAUCAACGCCCACAACCAGGUCGUGUUGGUCCACCAGACGGCACGACAAUACCUCAGAGCGUGCACCAGGCUUCCAUUCUCCCUCGAUGCGUACGAGGUGAAUGAAGAGCUCCUCUUUCAAUGUCUCACUUUCCUUUGCGAUAUGUCUUUAAGGAUGAAAAUCAGACAGCGCAAGACUCCCAUGUUCGUCUCAUAUGCAUCUGUUUCCUGGGCCCUUCACCUGAAUCGCUCAUCUAUUGAAUCUGACAGGGUACUUAAGAUCCUUGUUAAAUUCUUCAGUGGUAGCUUCCCAUUAGCUUGGAUUCAAUUCCUAGCUAUAAAUGGGCAUCUUUUGCAUUUGGUGGCAGUAUCUUCCCAUCUCAUGACCUUCGUCCGGCAACGGAGGAAACUCGACGCGAUCAAGCCGCCAACACUGCUUCGCUUGCCAGAACUAGCGUUACUGGAGACAUGGGCUUUGGAUCUCUUUAAAAUGACAGCAAAAUUUGGGAUUCAUUUGGGUGAUGAUCCCGAUGCGAUCUACAAAUACAUUCCUGCCCUCAGUCCAGAGAACUCAGUGCUUCAUCAGAAGUACGCGAACAAAUCAUCAUCUGCGAUAUCUGUCUCUGGUAUAACAAAUACGGACUGGGAUGACUGUCUCGCUCGAGUGUCAAAUGGUUCUGAUUCUGCAUUAUAUAUUGCAGUUUCGGCGGAGUAUCUUGCUCUUGCGGACGGCAGACCGAAUGGCAAGAUUCGGCUGUGGAGUAAUGUCAUCUUCCAAGAGCAUACUGGCUUCGAUCCCGGCGAGCCAAUAUGUUCCAUUUCCUUUAGCGAAUCUGGCUCGCUCCUAGCCUGUUACUGUCUGGAUAAUACCUACGUGUGGAGAGUACGUGACCGAACUCUCGUCGCCAAGAUCGAAAGCCCCUACCAGGAACGACCGAAAUCAUUGAGGUUCGGACAAGACGAAUCAUUUCUCAUCAUUGCCACUGACUUUCGUCGUCUGUACCGGCUGGAAUUUGAUAACAAGACCCCAACUUGGCAUAGCUAUGACCCUUCCCUUCUCUUGGAAACUUCACUACCGGAAGGGGCUUUCAUCAAUGCCCCAUCAUCGGUUGACUUCAACCCAGACUGCACACAGCUUGCUGUCGCCUAUCGGAACUUCCCCCUGGCCGUUUGGAAUAUUGACCCACCGGAAGUGAUUGCCAGGUGCAAGCAAAAGGGAAAACAGGGACAGACAACGAACACAACAUCCUGGACAGGUGUCAACCGUGUAGUCUGGCAUCCUUUCAGUGGCCAAGUUCUGGGAAUCAACCGCGAUGGCAAUAUAUUCAAAUGGAGUCCGAUGGACGAUAGUUAUGAAGAGGUGAAACAGGAGUCAGAUAAUACGCCGUCGGAUAUCCAGUGUUGUCCCAAUGGGCUCGUCUUUGCCACCAGCGACGUCAGAGGCUCAAUUAGAAUUUACGACAACUCACAGAUGAUUCAGAUGUAUAAGCUGACUUCGGAUUCUAUUGUGACGAAUAUUGCAUUCAGCCCGGACAGUCGUAGGCUCUAUGAUUUGCGAGGGUCCUGUUGCAAUGUAUGGGAACCAAAUUGUUUGAUCCGGCUCAAUGACACCAGCAUAGAUCCGUCUGAGGAUAGCGAGAGCGUGAAGAGUGACGAACAAAAAAGGAAAAACAGUUGGGCCUCGGAACUAGACGACAAAAGCGGCUCCGUAGUCUCGUUGCCGACGUCCGAAGCGUAUGCUGAUACCAAGCCGCCGAUCACGGCAGUUGCAAACUGCGCGAGGAACCAGAAUAUGUUUGCGCAUGCUACAGAUGAUGGGACAAUUGAGAUAUGUGACAUGAGAAGAAAAUGCAAACACGUCAUUACGGAGUUUACUUUCGGCAUGGAUAUUGUCCACUUCGCCCUAGCACAGGGUGGUGAAUAUGCCGCGUACUGCUUGCUUGAUGGGCAUGUCACAGUAAACAGCAUCCACAUGUCCUCAAAUCCGGAGAAAAUUUCCACCCAAACAGUCUUUGCCGAGAAGAAGUCCUUCAGCCGCGGCCUGAUCAGACAUAUUCUUUUCGAUAGCAGAUCUGAGCGACUGUUAGUCUGCGGCACAGAGAGACUUCAGAUUCUCUACGUCGCAGAUGGGAGCAUAGUUGCUGAUAUAGAAAUCGACCCGGCAGAUCCACCUACACAAUGGGUUAAUCACGCAACAAAUCCGAACAUCCUACUGGGCUUCACAGCUCACGGAGUUCGCACAGUAUCUUGGGAGGCCUUGGAAUUCAAGUAUAACCUCUCGUACAACCUUGGCAGCGACAGCUCCGAUGGUCAGCCGGCCCCAUCUCUAAAAUUGGAGGCUUUGGCACAGUCAUACCACCCGAAAAUGCAGUUGGCGACUGCCUCAGAGGACACCGUGCAUGGCAGGCAUUUUCGCUUUCUACUGCUAGACACCUCUGUGCUAAACGAAGAUCACAUCCACACCCUCUCUCCCGAACCUUUGAAUGCUGUCCACAUCCCGCUUUCUAUCACCGAAUGUAUGGAGCAACCGGUCGGAAUUCUUGCAGAUGGCCGUCUCGUUUUCCUUGACAAGGCCUUAUGGGUGUGCACGGCACAGCUAUGGUUACAGCCCGCGCGUGGGUCGGAAACUACAGUGACCAGACACUUCUUUAUCCCUCGCGACUGGCUAGAUAGCGCCGGUUUGAUAUUAUGUAAGGUGCAAGAGAAUGGGAAUUUCUUGUGCCCCAGUAAGGGUGAGAUGGCGGUGAUUAGGAGUAACAUCGGAACGGACUGGUAA